GUAUUAAGUAGGUAGAUAGAAUUUUGAAUAUAAUUUGGUACAGAUAAUGUGCCACGUCAAAUUGGAGUCACCUGGAUCUCAAGAAUUAAAAUUAUAUCCAAAAUUUUCUCGCGCUCAACACAAAUCCUAAAGCGUUUUGCCACUGUUUUCUGGACCUUCUCCUAUAUAUAAUGAACAACCUCUGGAACCAGAGUUUGCAUCGAAUUCUGUUGUUUCUUCAAUCCUUAUCCUGAUCACACAGACCUACGUGAUGACUGUGGCUGGGAAUUUGUUGGUUCUCCUACUAUUGAAUGCGAUCUUAUAUAUAGGGACUGCUGCAGGGCCGCCUACGUGUCCUGCACAUCUUCACACUGAUUGUGCGAAUGCAUCAGGUGAAUGGGAAGGUGAAUUCUUCCCUGGGAUUCCCAAGAUCAAAUAUGAGGGUCCUUCUAGCAAGAACCCCCUGUCGUUUAAAUGGUACAAUGCUAAUGAGGAGAUUCUGGGGAAAAAGAUGAUGGAUUGGUUUAGAUUUAGUAUCGCCUUUUGGCACACUUUCCGUGGAACUGGUGGUGAUCAGUUUGGCUCGGCUACAAAAUUUUGGCCAUGGGAAGAUGGCACUAAUUCCCUUGCCAUGGCAAAGAGGAGGAUGAGAGCUAACUUUGAGUUCCUAGAAAAGAUUGGAGUGGAUAAGUGGUGCUUUCAUGAUAGAGACAUUGCUCCAGAUGGUGAAACACUUGAGGAGUCAAAUGCAAAUUUGGAUGAAGUGGUUGCCCUUGCUAAAGAACUUCAGGGUUCAAAGAUCCGACCUUUGUGGGGUACUGCUCAGUUGUUUGUGCAUCCACGAUAUAUGCAUGGUGCUGCAACUAGUUCUGAAUUAGGAGUGUAUGCAUAUGCUGCAGCCCAAGUCAAGAAAGCUAUGGAGGUUACACAUUAUCUUGGUGGUGAGAACUAUGUAUUCUGGGGUGGUCGAGAGGGUUAUCAGAGUCUUUUGAACACAGAUAUGCAAAGAGAGCUAAAUCACUUGGCUAUGUUCAUGGAAGCAGCAGUUUCUUAUAAGAAAAAGAUUGGAUUUAAUGGAACAUUGCUCAUUGAGCCUAAGCCUCAGGAACCUACAAAACAUCAGUAUGACUGGGAUGCUGCUACUUCUGCUAAUUUCUUACGGAAAUAUAGCCUUAUAGAUGAGUUCAAAUUGAAUAUUGAAUGCAACCACGCCACUUUGUCUGGACACAGUUGUCAUCAUGAAGUUGAGACAGCAAGAAUUAAUGGGUUGCUUGGAAAUAUUGAUGCAAACAGUGGUGAUCCACAAACUGGUUGGGACACCGACCAGUUUCUGAUGGAUGUGCCAGAAGCAACCCUAAUUAUGCUCUCAGUUAUCAAGAAUGGGGGCAUAGCACCAGGAGGAUUCAACUUCGAUGCUAAGUUGCGAAGGGAGAGCACGGAUGUAGAAGAUUUAUUCAUUGCUCAUAUUGCGGGUAUGGAUACCCUGGCUCGUGGCCUCCGAAGUGCUGCAAAGCUGAUUCAGGAUGGUUCUCUGAAUGAACUUGUUCGCAAGAGAUACCAGAGUUUUGAUACUGAGGUUGGCCAAGCCAUUGAGGCUGGAAAGGCUGAUUUUGAGAUGCUGGAGAAGAAAGCUUUUGAAUGGGGUGAACCCAAAGUUGUUUCUGCUAAACAGAUUUCCGGGCAGCUAGAGUAUAUGCACGACCAUGGAAAAGAGAUAGAGGUAGAGGAUUAGAGAAAGGAGUACAAACAGGGGAAGAUGUGGGUAUUUGAUAAGAUGGGAAUGGUGUAAGUGACUCUCAAAUACUUCGCCGGUACUGAUGUGCCUCUGGUUGAUGGCUUGCCGGAGAAAUUGAAUGAGAAUCUAACUUCAACUUUUCCUCAUUCUCAAAACUUCUGAUAGCAAGUAAAUGUGGAUAUGAGCAUAUACUCCGUAUGACUUAACUCAGGCGGUUAUACACUUUCAGCACCGAUGGAUCACUUAAGUCUCAAAUGAUGGUAACGAUAAGGCUAGUUUAGGGAUUUGUGUUAUUUGGGGGCUGUGGAUAGUAAUACGGGGCUGUGAAUAGAAUUGCCCUUUCUAUACGCAGCCCAUAAUUUACUAUCCACAACCACAAAAUUAAUUCAAUUGUCUAAAUUACCCUUAAUCAUUAAUACAACAAGAUAACAGGCCCCUUACAUUCUUUAACUCAUCGCACCUAAUACUACGAGGAAGAAACUAGUUGCCGCUAUUUCCUUCCAUUCUCAUGGUGUCAACUACUGAAUUGCCACAAGAAGACGUACGUGCAUAGCAAAUAAUUGAAGCAAAAAAAGAAGAUCUAAAUAGAAUUCCAGAAGAAAUCUAUCUGAAAUAGCCAUUCUAUUUGUUCUACUAGGCCAACGGCCAGCCUCUAAAACAUCUUUAAUGAAAAUAUCAUUAGCGUAAUUUUCCUUCCAUUGGACAAAUUACAUGUUUGUAAUAUUUAAGUGUUAAAACUAUUAGAAAGAACGAAUCGGGCAUCGUUUAUUUGUUGGCUAUUUCGCCGCUGGCAAUUGCUUAUUGCUAUACCCACUGAAUCCACGAUCUGUGGUGUUUCAACAAUUCACUUGUUGGCUGGACAAAGAGAUGGAGAUCGUCAGAUAGAUGUUUCCCUUCGGCUUCUUCAUCUUUGUGGAAGGCUCAUACACAAGCUACAGGGCGUCUGAGUUGGAGUUUUAAAAAUACUCAGGUUGCGUUUAGUAAAGGGCAUACCAGGGAUUAUCAAAACAUGUGUGUGUGAUUAGUAAAUAUGGGGCUGCAUAUAGACUU